AUUCAGUUGUCAUUUUUUCCAUUGGAGCCAGUGUCGGUCGUAAUUGAAUCGUAUUAUUGAAAUGUUCAAUGUCAAUUAUUUUUCGGUGUUGUUAAAAAUGAGCGACCGAAAAAGUGGAUCAAAGAGACGAAAAUUGGCGAAAAGUGAAAGUGGAAAUUUCUCGAAUCGCCGAGAAGACCGGAGAAAUAACGAGCUAGCAAUUGUUGACUUGUACCGAGAGCAACCCGUACAAAUGUUCCCGUUGAAUAUCGAUUGUUUUGAUGAAAUUUUUGACUAUUUAUCAUUGAAAGACUUGCAUCAUUUUGCGCAAACAUGCAGUGCAAUGCAAAAAGUGUGCGGCGAAUAUUUUAAAUUCAAUUUUUUCGCCAAUGAUUACUAUCGAAUCGAAGGUGAUGGAAUUUACACAACAUACUCCAGUCAAAGUGGUGCCUUUAAUGAAUGCAUCCGCAUUUCGGCGUUCAGUCAAUUCAUCAUGCAACUUGAACACUACAUGGACACAUUUGAACCGCUUUACUACAUAAAUUCACACAUAGAUCAAUAUUCGUCGCUCAAACAAAUCGGUUUUUCGUGCAUCAAUUUGAAUGGCCCCGAAUAUGAAUGCAUCCAGGAAUUGUUGGCCAAGGUUGAAAUCGUUCAAAUUUGGAUCUGUGCACUCGAUGGCGACUUUUACGAUUGCUUGAAAUUUUGCCGUAAUUUAAAACACUUUAGUAUUCGUUAUUGUGAUAUCGUGUGUUCUCAAAUGCUUGAAGACGGUGUGCGAACACUUCAAUAUCCAUGGUUAACGCAGGAGUAUCCAAAACUGGAGCAUUUGGAAUUGAUCCCAUUUAAGAAAUUGCAAAUUGAUGAGCUCAGCAUGUUUUUUGCAUGCAAUUCACAUGUGCAGAGUUUUUCAACCAGCGGUCAAUGCCUUUGGGUCAAUCGGAAUGUACUUCUGAAGUCAGCAGCGCACCUGGAUAAAUUGGAAAUUCGUAUGAUCGAAGUGAAAAUGGCACCAACAGAUGAAUUUGGUGUACCGGAAACUAGAAUGCAAGCAAUUUGUACGCUUGUUAAUCAGCUGCACGAACAUGGAUUCUUUCGACGAUUGCAUUUUUACAUCAAUGAUGAUGAACAAAUACCAAGCAUCGAUGAAUUGGCUUCCGUGGCUGGCCUCGAAAAAUUGUGCAUCCGUAAAUUUAAAAAAGAUUACAGUUUAGUACCAUUGACCAAUGUAAGGGAAUUAGUGAUUUGGGAAGGGGCCAAAAAUAUCGACUUAGAAGCCCUAGCCAAUAAGUGCGUCAAAUUGGAACGACUCUAUUUUGGAUCACACACUAUUGACCAUCUACUACCGUUCAUUCGUCGCUCGGCCAAAUUAAACAAAGUCAAAGCGUUUUCCAAAAUUAAAACCAAUUUCAGCAUUGCCAUAUCAAAUCUGAAUGCACAGAGGGAAAAAUUAGCUGGUGCCCACAAACUCAUCAUUUACGUCCCAGACAACAUUUUCUUGGCAACAAAGUGGACUGCCCGAAACGGUGAUGUCAAUUUGAGCCUGGUUGAACUGCGACGAGGUGAUUCGUAUGAGUUCACCAUUUCUUGAAAGAAAGACAAUUUUUUGUUUUUUAUUUUUUUAAGUGUUGGUUUUUUUAUUAUCAAGAAUGUUUAUUUUUCUUUGUCUUUUAUUUUAAAACAAAUUUUUCUUUGAAACAAUGGCAAAUUUUUCCAUUAAAAAUCAAAAAGUGCUCAAAAGUAUGACUUGAAUCCUCAAUUUUUGAGCCACAUACAAAAUACAAUUCGAGAGAAACAAUGUGAUACGAUUUUAAUCCUCAAAUUUAUGGGCAAAUCCAGAUAUUUUUCUAAUCUUAUUUAAAUAAAAGCAAUUUUUUGGUUGUUGGCAUUA